UAAACGACUCCUUAUUUUACUCGUGAUGGUUUGGAUAAGUAUUUGAUUUAUUACAAAGUAGUUAAUAUGAAUGAACAUUCAUGAAAAGUGUCGAAAUUGUUAAAAAAAUGAGGUUAUAAUAUCGGUGACGUUUUAGCAAUCAUACGUGAAAUGAACUGAACUCCCUACGUCUCAUGACAGUCAUGACGUAUUUAUUUAUAAAUGAAUCGCUAGAUUUUAUUGUUUUAUCUCUAUACACAGUGCGUAAAACGUUAUCAAUAUUUUUUGUUUACAUAACAGUAGGACCGCGCACGCCUGUAUGGCGAAAUAACAUUCCUUUACAGCAUUUAAUUUGUUACAAUGGAAAAGGACAUUGAUAGCAACCUGGAGGAGGGAGACCUCGUCGAGCUGUUGAAGGUGGAAGGCAGGUUGGUGAGGCACGCGAGGGCGCUCCGCUGGGCCGCUUGGCUCAUGGUGUUCGUGGGCGCCACGCUGUGGUUCUGCCUGCUGGUGCCGCCGCCGCCGCCGCCGGCGCCCCGCGCCGCGCUCGUCUGCUACUACAACACGCCCCACGACGCCCGCUCGCUGCAGCCCGGGGACAUACCGCCACAUUUGUGUACACACAUCAAUGUGGCCUUCGCCAGUGUGCGCAAUAAGACCUUGCACUUGGAUCCGCCGCAGUUGGCUGCCAUACGCCAAGUGGUUUCGCUUAAAAAGUCUAACCCUGACCUGAAGGUGCUCGUCUCUGUAGGGGGCGCCGGCGAGAACGGUUUCGCCGAAAUGGUGAUCAAUCACGCCUCACGCAAGCAAUUUAUUCGAUCUAUCAAAUCCCUCCUGCGUAACUAUACCUUAGACGGAAUAGAUCUGGACUGGGAGUUUCCGACCGGAAACAGGCAGCGGCAACACUUCUCCCAGCUGCUUCGUGAGAUCCGAGCAGAGUAUAUUAGGGAAAAACGACAAUACUUACUGACAGUUGCCGUUGUAGCAGAGGAAACUUUAGCCGAUGCAUCAUUUGAUUACGAUCAGCUAAACUUGUACACUGACUUUGUGAAUGUUAUGACUUACGAUUAUCAUUUUUAUACUAAAAUGACUCCAUUCACUGGCUUCAACUCCCCUUUGUAUUCUGAACCGGGGCAGCGGUUUUUCCUUUCCACAUUGAAUGUAAACUACACAAUGCACAUGUACCUCGCUAAAGGGCUAGCUCCGGAAAAGCUAGUGGUUGGGAUCCCUACAUACGGGCACUCAUUUCAGCUGGUAAAUCCAGGUAACAUUGCCGGGAGUCCGGCAGCGGGGCCGGGCAGCUUGGGUGCCGGUGGAUUUGUGUCCUAUCCGGAUGUAUGCCAGUUUGUUAAGCGUCCGGGAGGCAAACGGUCGCGAGACGCCGCCGCGGCGGUGCCCUACGCGCACCGCGGGACGGAGUGGCUCUCCUAUGAUGAUGAAGAGAGUGUAGCGAGGAAGGCCGAGUUCGCAGCGCGGCUGGGGCUGCGCGGGGCCAUGGUGUACUCGCUGGACGCCGACGACCACUCGCACAGCUGCGGGCCGCAGGCGCUGCCGCUGGUGUCGGCGGUCCGGCGCGCGCUGGCCGGGCCGUUGGUGUAGUACCUGUUUGUUCCUCGCCACGUAGGUGAUCUUGUACAUCGCGCUGGACUUCAUGGCGGAGUGCGGCGGCGCUCGGGCGCGCGGGUCGCGGGCGUCGGCGUCGCGGCCGGCGAGCGCGCCGCGAGCAUUGUGCGGACUUAUUAACUUUUACGACGAAAAAACAGAAUGCCGGCCGUGCGAGUACUGUUCCGUUUACUGCAAGGUUUCCGCGCGAGCGCUCGCGACGCGCCUCGCCGCCAUCGGCAGCGUUAUGUUAAUCGGUUAUAAUUAACUAGAGAAAUUAUUACAACGUUAUGUAAUUAAUUUAUUGAUAAUUUUUGUAUAAAUUUAAUAAGAUAAAUCGAUGAACAUAAUUUAGUGAUGUAUGGUCAGAAAGAAUGGACAAAUGUGCACCCAAUGUAGGAGUGUAUUGGAAAGGUAUUGAAUAUUCGUGUUUGGAAUAGGGAACUCAUUCUGGUUACCGUAACAGGAUGACUGUCACGUGGUCUGCAACCGGCCGGAAAUGACUGAUAUUAAGAAAGCUAUGAAGCAGGUUAC